AUGGCGGACCCUUUCAGUAUCAGCGCAAGCAUCUUGACGGUUUUGCAAGUGGCUGCUUCCCUCGUCAGCUUGAUACGUGAUCUCAAAGAUGCAUCGCGGGAACUGAAAAAGUUGCAGCUCGAGAUUGAAGGUCUCCAGACCAUCCUGUCUCGAGUGAAAGAUCUUAGUGAAAAAACCGAGACACCUGAAGAACAAACAGAGAAAGUCGUCUGCUCCCACGCACCUCUACAGGAGUGUCUUGCGCAACUUACAAAGCUCAUGGAGAAAUUCAGCCCGGUGCGUGGAGUGAUCAGACCAUCUAGAGCAAUAUCUUGGAAACUACAGCAAGGGGAGAUCAAGCAGGCUAUAGCAAGCAUAGAACGACAGAAGACACUAUUGAUAGUUGGCUUACAGGUCGACACUCAAAGUCUUUGCUACACCACCAACACCCUAUGUCUUCAGAACCAGUCCAGUAUAUCCAGUCUUCAAGCAGAUAUCGCCACUCUCAAAGAUGCUAGCAUCACUGAGGCAGGGCAGUCAAGCAGCAACUAUAUUCAAGACGCAAUUCAAUACAGCAAAAUGCUCGUUGCAGAGCCACAAGACAUCAACGCCUACCGCGCAACAGGGCCAUCACGACUCCCUGAGAAUGCAGAAUUACCAGCAUAUUUGUAUAGAACUACAGGUCCGUCGAGUGAUGAAGUCUUCGGAGCAGAAAGUUCAUCAACACCAUUCCAUGCCACGGCGUACAAUGAUGCAGCCCGCGUCACAGUCAUUCAUCGAGGCAACAACUAUAACGGUGCAAAUGUUGUGUAUGGUGGCUGUCAGGUCUUCUCUGGGGCAACGAUAUGCUUCGGCCAGGGGUAA